UGUUUAUAAACAUUAUAUAUUUCAUAUAAAAUGCCUAUAGAUUGCAAAGCUCAAUGUGGCAACAGGGCCAGUUUAAAGCGUCCCAAAACAGGUGAUGCUUUGUGCAAAGCCUGCUUUUUUGCUGCCUUUGAGGCCGAGAUUCAUCACACAAUUAUUUCAAGUAAGCUUUUUCGACGCGGCGAGAAAGUUGCUGUCGCUGCCAGCGGUGGCAAGGACUCCACAGUUCUGGCUCAUGUCCUAAAGCUACUCAAUGAACGCCACAAUUAUGGGCUAGAUUUGGUGCUACUCUCCAUUGAUGAAGGCAUCACAGGCUAUCGGGACGACAGUUUAGAAACGGUUAAAAAAAAUCGCGAUGAUUAUCAAAUGCCACUUAAAAUCCUAUCCUACGAAGAACUUUACGGGUGGACUAUGGAUCGCAUUGUGGCGCAAAUAGGUCGCUCCAACAAUUGUACAUUUUGUGGCGUGUUUCGACGUCAGGCAUUGGAUAGAGGAGCAAAGCUAUUGGGUGUUGACAGCAUCGCCACAGGCCAUAACGCUGACGAUAUUGCAGAAACUGUACUGAUGAAUAUUCUGCGAGGUGACACGGCUCGAUUACGUCGUUGCACGAAUAUUCGCACAGGUGGCAGUGAGGAUACCAUAUCCCGAGUGAAGCCACUUAAAUACAGCUACGAAAAGGAGAUCGUAAUGUAUGCGCACUACAAAAAACUGGUUUACUUCUCCACCGAGUGCGUAUUUGCCCCAAAUGCCUACCGAGGACACGCACGAGCUUUUCUCAAGGAUCUGGAAAAAGUGCGCCCCUCUGUCAUAAUGGACAUUAUUUAUUCGGGUGAGCAACUGCGAUUUAAGGAUACAGUGAAGAAUCCUGUGCGCGGGAUUUGCGAGCGCUGCGGAUUCGUCUCUUCACAGCAGCCAUGCAAAGCAUGCGUACUACUAGAAGGACUUAAUCGUGGACUACCUAAACUGGGCAUUGGCAAGAAAUCAAAGGGUGAACGCAUGAUUGCCAAACAAAAUCAGGAAUUAGCUUUAAGAGAGCGUGCUAAUCUAGUAAAAAACGAUUUCUGAUGUUAAC